ACAACCGCUGCAACCAUUGGCAACUUGUCUGCCUUUCAAACGGGUACACCGGCAAAUUGAGGCAAUUUAAUUGGAUCCGUCUGCUGUCGGUCACCAUGCAAGCAUCAACAGGGGCGGGAGGUUUGGUAUUGGAGAUUUUUCGUCGGAUCAAGUAGCAGAUUAAUAAACACAAUUGAUCAUUGAGUUCAGCGACCUACACGAAUUAAUUUGACUCGGAGUUAACGUAUUGUGAAGAAGGGAAAUGCUCGAUAUAUGGCUGAGGGAAAACUGUACAAGUUAUGUAGGUUGAUGAUCGUCUGAACAUGAUCCAUCAAUCAGCAUUGGAGUAGCUAACGUUACCUACGUAGAACGUUGCUUUGCAUCACCAUGUAGGUUCACAUACUGGUGGCCUGGAACGUUGCAGGCGUUUCUGAAGACAUCUCGAGCCAGCUAAACGAAAGGACACCAGGAUGAGCAAACAAGAGAAGAUGGAAUUGGACCUCGUAAUCCCAUCAACACUAGUUCAGAGCGACGGACACCUGAGACGAUCCAACAGCGCCCCAAUGAUUAAUGGCCUAAGUGACAAUUCCCAGGUUUUCCACAGAGAGAUUCUACGCAGCAGGCGUAACAGCACCACUGUUGUCAACCGCCCUAAUAUGGUCCCUUCAUCGCCCAUUCGUGUCCCCAGCACAAGGCUUCAUCAGAUCAAGCGGGAGGAAGGUGUGGAUGUGAUGAACAGAGAGACAGCCCAUGAACGGGAGGUUCAAGCAGCCAUGCAGAUGAGUCAGUCCUGGGAGGAGAGUCUGAGUCUGGGAGUGUGGCCCAUACUCGGCCACCAGUCUCUCAAGAACAGAAUCAGGGGGACAGCUGUGAGUGACAAUGACUUUGAGAAAUCUGCUUCGUCGUCCCCAAAGCGCAUAGACUUUGUGCCUGUGUCCCCAGCACCAUCCCCUACAAGAGGGAUAGGGAAGAAGCAGUGCUUCUCCCCUUCAUUGCAAAUUCUGGUGAGCAGCAAUGGCCUAUCCCCCAGUCCUAUACCUAGCCCAACGCGACGCUUCAGCCGGCGGAGCCAAAGCCCCAUUAACUGCAUCAGGCCCAGCAUCCUGGGGCCCAUCAAACGUAAAGGGGAGAUGAUGGAGAUGGAGAGCCAGCCAAAGAGGCUCUUUCAUGGGACCACCACCAUGUUGUCCUCUGAUUUGCCUACUCCCCAACAACUGACAGACUUCAACUCCUGUCUCUGUCCACCAGACGUGCUAGACGGCAGCCUCAGCAGCGUGGGUUCUUCCACUGGCUCGCCAGCCAAGAUGGAGGGAGUCUCAGAGUGUCCUUCCUCCAGCAACUCUCCCUUCACCCCCCUCCACGACCACUCCCCAAAAUAAACAAGGGAACACGAGUCUCUAAACAAGGGUGAAGAUGAGGCACAAAAGCCACCUUGGCUGUAUGAGUUUCCUUUGGACUUUCACUUUUCUUUAGUUAAUGUGGGAUUCCCUUCCCCUGCUGUUUGCUUUCGCAAGGCUGUUUGCUAGGGGAGGAGAGGAGGUGUGUGUGUGUUUUUCAUUGAAAGGAAACCAAAGCCUUGGAUAUGUGCUGUGUGGACGCACCAUGCUGUAGUAGGCCCUAGUAAGAGUAGGGGGUGAUUGUGGAUGCUAUGUACACCAGCUGCUAGAUAUAGAUCCUUUACAUGGUGCUGCUUAGCACCACAGUGGUCAGAACCACCAUGUUGUUUACCCUGUAUCACAUGACCAUGUCAGCUGCAGCAUUGGAUGGAAAAUUACUGCCUGGAUAUGGAGAAAGACCCCCACUAAGUUUGUGUUUUCUGAAAAAAAUCUCCAGGCCUUUUGGUGUAUGUGCACGAAAUUGUCUGCAGACAUUGUAUGAAUGAAAGGAUUAAACUUGUUUUUCCUGAUUUACAUAAUUUUGUAAGUAUGUACAUAAUUGUCAAUUUAUUAUUAUUAUAGGUUUGUGAUUGGCCCUGUGCCCCUAUUAACGGCACAGCUUCAACAGUGAACGGACAAUUCCCUCUAAACAUCGGAUUAGAAAUUCUGUUUCCUUACUCUUCCAGGGGUGCGAAUAUGGUCGUUCUCUACUCGUCCUUGUACUGUAAGAGAAGAAAAUGGUUAUCCUCCGUAGUACUUAGAUGUAGGGGAUCAAGGAACUGUCAUUCUAGUUGAUGCUCUACCCUUUGGUUAGCCCUUAAUCUAGUCCUUCACUGGCAUGCUGCAACUAUAGUUGCCAGUGAGUUGGGUAGUGUCACGUCCACCCAUCAUCCCUGCAGAUUGUAUGAGGGGAACAGCACAAGAGGGGGCUGUCAGGAUUAGAACACGGUAGACUCCGAUCGCUGAAUCCUGUGUCUUUGCCUAGACAUUGCCAUAGACGUGCAGCCAAGUUUUCACUUCAGAACCUUUUUAUGAAAUAAAUUGUUUUCUUGUUUGUUGGAGCCAUUUUUUGUAAAUUGAAUUGAUUUUUGCCUACAUAAUUGCAUUGGUUGAUACUAAAUAUUACAGUAGCGCAUCUUGUUCUCCUUUUUACCCUGAAAUGAAAUCAAUAGAAUGUCCUAAACCAAACGCACUGUAGUGCAUGGAACAAAAUCAUGCCAUUAUAUUUAAAAAAGGGACAUGGUUGUGUCCAUAUAGUGUGGUCAACAUUUGGCAUAGCUUUUAGUGCAAAAUGUUUCACUGGAUGUGUUGUUUAUGAAUAACAUGUGCAAUGAACAUUCGUAAGCAAUACCAAAGAUUGACCAGGGGAAAUGUAAAGGCAGACUUAGUUUUUCUCUGAAAAUCCAGUUGUACACUGAUUCACAAAUGUGAUUUUAGACCAUUGUAAAACAUUUGGGGGCUAGUCAUUUCGGUUAAUCCAGUUUGAAUGGUCUCUUAAAUUGAUUUCUUAGUUAUUUUUCCUGUUUUAUUACAAGGUGUGCCAUCUUACGGAGUGUGAAACUCCACUUUGUCAUAAGUAAGCAAGAGUGAUUGUAAAUCCUUUUUAUGGAAGUAAGUCAUUGAUCUAUUUUUUCUGAAAUUAAGUUUUGAAUACAAAAAUGGCAAGCCGGGUCAUUCAGGUCUGCUUGCCCUGCUGUCAAUAUGAUUGGUGUGAUUUAUUUUUGUCCAUGAUGUUUUAUUUUGUCCUGUUCAUUUUUCAAUGUCUGCAAUAUGUCUAAGGCAUGAGAUGGGCAGAGUAAAUCAAAGUGUUUAUGUACGUGAUGGGAGGGUGUAGACAGACCAACCCUUUGCUCGUGACCCUUGCUGGAAUGAAACAUUUCCCCUGUGAUCCUUUCAUAUCAAAGACAUCUAAACAGGAAAGGGUAAAUACGUUUGUCUAAUAUUUCCAUGCAAUGACUGUUUUGCUUUGUUGUUGAUAGACUUAAUGUUUUUUUUAUAUAUAUAUAUAUAUAUAUAUUUCCCCCUCUUAAUAAACCAUUGGAUUGACAAUU